AUGACCAUCAGCGAAAAAGGAGAAGUUCAACUUGUCCACACUAAUGGGUCGAAGAAAUGCCCAAAUCCAAAGAAAAGAGGAAAUUGGGGCAGUAAAACAGAGUACAUUUUAACAGUUAUGGGGGCAAUCAUUGGACCAGGAAACGUCUGGAGAUUUCCCUAUUUGUGUUAUAAAAACGGAGGAGGUGUUUUUUUCAUCCCGUACUUACUUUUCCUGACCACCUGUGGGAUACCUCUUUUCUUCAUGGAGACUGCCCUGGGCCAGUACACCAGCCAAGGGGGCAUCACCUGCUGGAGGAGAAUCUGCCCAUUAUUUGAAGGUAUGGGCUAUGCCAGCCAUGUCAUCAUUGUGUUCAGCGCUACCUCGUACAUAGUCAUCCUGGCCUGGUCCUUCUUCUACCUGUUUGCCUCCCUCAGUGCCGAGCUGCCCUGGGCCAGCUGUGGGAACUACUGGAACACUGAAACAUGCAUGACUGUAGGCAAAGAUUUCGCAUCCAAUGUGACAUCCAAACAGAACUAUACCCUUCCGGUUAUGGAGUUUUGGCAACGCAGGGUUCUGAACAUCUCCAGUGGCAUUGAGGAAUUGGGCAGCAUUAGGUGGGAGCUAGCACUGUGUCUCUUGCUGUCCUGGGUGAUCUGCUACUUCUGUGUGUGGAAAGGAGUGAAGUCUACAGGAAAGGUGGCAUACUUCACUGCAACCUUCCCCUAUGUCACACUGCUGAUUCUCCUGGUACGUGGAGUUACACUGCCUGGUGCCAGAGAUGGAAUCAUCUACUAUCUCUACCCUGACAUCAGUCGUCUUUCAGACCCGCAGGUCUGGAUGGAUGCUGGGACGCAAAUCUUUUUCUCUUAUGCCAUUAGCUUGGGGUUUCUCACAUCCCUAGGUAGCUACAACCAAUACAACAAUGACUGCUACAAGGAUUGUUUCUACCUGUGUCUACUGAACAGUGGGACCAGUGUAGUAUCUGGGUUUGCUAUCUUCUCUGUGCUGGGGUUCAUGACCUACGAACAGGGAGUGAAUAUUGCAGAAGUGGCUGAGUCAGGUCCUGGGCUGGCGUUUAUUGUGUACCCUCGUGCGGUCGCUAUGAUGCCGCUGCCUCAGAUCUGGUCUGUGUGUUUCUUUGCCAUGAUUAUUCUGCUGGGCCUGGACAGUCAGUUUGUUGGGCUGGAGUGUGUCAUGACGUCAGUGGUGGAUCUGUUCCCCACACACCUUCGUCGGGGCUUCAGACGGGAGCUGCUCCUCCUGGCGAUCUGCACCGUCUGUUGCAUUUUGGGAUUGAGUCUAGUCACCGAGGGUGGAAUCUACCUGCUCCAGCUGCUGGAUCACCACGUGUGCAGUGGCACCACUCUUCUGCUACUGUCUAUCUGCCAGUCAGUCAGCAUUGCCUGGGUGUAUGGUGCUGAGCGUUUCUACGGCAACAUCACCGACAUGAUCGGCUAUCGACCUGGACCCGUGAUGAAGUAUUGCUGGCUGUUUGUUACUCCGACUGUAUGCAUAGGUACGUUCAUCUUUUCCAUUGUUGGGCAGUCUCGCUUGAAGUUCAGUAACUCCUAUGUGUACCCUCUAUGGGCCACUGUCAUUGGCUGGUUUCUGAGCACCAUCUCGCUCUCCCUGAUCCCCCUUUGGAUCCUCUACAAGCUCUCACAGGGUGAAGGACCACUGCGGCAAAGAUUUCUGGCUCUCUGUCGCCCUGUCGACGAUCUCCCCAUGAAUUACACACACAAGCCCAGGUCAGCUGUGCACGUUGGGGGGACAGGUGACCUGCCUGCCAUGGCGGAGAUAAAACCAUUGUCCACGACGACAGAUUAA